CAAAAAUCGAUAGAGACUCUAAAACCUUUGUAAGCCUUCAACUUUAUAGAAAAACAAAAAAGAAAGAAAGAUGCAAUGUUCAGAAGAAACUAUAGCUAGUUUGUUCUACAAUGUCUCUAGCUCUUUUCAAAUUUUAUUACUCUUCACCUAUUUCACUUCCAUUUUGCUUGCCAAAUUCUUCUAUUUCCUUGGUGGAAAUCCGUUUUUCUGGAGGAAUCAAGAUGCAUAUGAAUUUUCUUAUGACGAAGAAGUGGAGGAAGAACAUGAGUAUUAUCAUAAUGAUAAUUGUGAGAUUGUGGAAGAAAAUCAUUUCAUAGAUGAUGAAUUUCUUGGUGUUGAGAAAGAGAUAGAAGAAAGUUGUAGCAGUACUGAUGAUGAUUAUGAAGAGGAGUCUAUUUAUAGCUCAAUGAUGGAUUCAGAAUCUAUUUAUAGUGAUGAUGAUGAAGUGGAAGUUAAAGAAAUAAUAGAUGAUCAUUCUGAUUCUGAUUCUGAUCCUUCUAGUUAUUCUGAUUCUGAAAUCAACAAAGUUGGGCCCACUUCACCUCUUCCCCGGGACAUGAAUACAAAUGUAUUAACGAAUAUCAUCGACAAGGACAUAAAUCAUGGAAAUUGUUACAGGGAAAUGAUUGAAGACAAGAAAGUGACAGAAAUUAAUUUGUGUACUAGAGAGGAAAAUAUGAUUGUUAAUGCAACAUCAUCAAAGUUAGAGAACAAUAAGAAGAUUUUGCAAUUAGUGCAAGAAGAAAAGGAUGAGCAUGAAAUAUUUGGGGAUUCUUGUACUAAUGGCUCAACUUCAAAGAGUUCUACUGAAUGGAGAAGUUCAAUUAAAGAUUCAACAACUGAUGAUCCAUUUUCUUCUUCAUCAAGGAGAAGUUGCCCUAAAUGGGAGUCUUACACUAUCUUCCAAAAAUAUGAUGAAGAAAUGUUGUUUUUUGAUAGAAUUAGUGCACAAAAACUACAUGAAACAGAAACAUUAAGAUCAAUUCAAGCAUGUCCAAGAUCAAUAUCAGAUAGGAUUGUUCAUAAAUUGUUUAUAAAUAAGAAGUCAACUCAGCAUCAUAACCCGUAUCAUGAACUAGAAGCUGCUUACGUAGCACAGGUAUGCUUAGCAUGGGAAGCUCUGAGUUGGAAUUACAAGUACUUCCAACGACUACGAGCUUCCCAUAAUAACAAUAAUAAUAAUAAGGGAUCGAAGGACGAUCAAGGUUGUCCUGCUUAUGUAGCACAACAUUUCCAGCAGUUUCAAGUUCUUUUACAAAGAUACGUUGAGAAUGAGCCGUAUGAAAAUGGAAGGAGACCAGAAAUUUAUGCUAGAAUGAGAAGUUUAGCUCCAAAAUUGCUUCAAGUCCCAGAAUAUCGAGAUUCAGAGGAGGAUAAAGGGGCGGAGGAAGAUUAUUGCUCAAGAAUAUCUUCAGAAUCAUUUCAUGAAAUAAUGAAAGAAGCAAUCAGAACCUUUAUGAAUUUUCUAAAGGCAGACAAGGAGAAUCGUUACAAAAUAUUAAUGGCAGCUUUCCUUAGGAGAAAAAGAAGAGGUUCACCUCAUGCUACCAUCUUCUUGCUAAACAGACAAAACAAAAAGAAAAAAUCAAAGGUGAAAGAUUUACAAAGAUCAGGAAAGUGCUUGAGGAAUAAAAGAAGGUUAAAAGAUGAAGAAGAGAUGGAAAUAUUGAUGUCAUUAGUAGACUUGAAAUUAGUGUCAAGGGUAUUGAGAAUGAGGCAAGUAAAUGAAGAACAAUUGCAUUGGUGUGAAGACAAGAUGAGCAAAGUAAAAAUAAGUGAUGGCAAAUUACAAAGAGAUUCUUCACCACUUUUCUUUCCAGCACAAUAGUAGUACUCUAUGAGGACCCCAUUUAGCAUUAAGUAAAGUGUUUCAUUUUACUUUAAUGACUAGAUCAUGAAUCAUGUGUCAUGUAGAUGAAUAUCCUC